CGGGUCCGCUGCACGUCUUGGCAAGUUGGGCAAGUGCAGGAUCCGCGGGACACCGGGACUCGUUCUCAGCGGGGACCAGCAGCCGCGAGCAGCUGUGGCUGGUGGGCGAGCACGGGGAGGUGGACCUCGCUGGGCUCCUGGCAAGAGGGGUGAAUCCUGCCGGUAGCAGGGAGGUCGCCGUGGGACCUUCCCAGGAAGAGCGAUUAGACUUCACUCUCCCUCUGGCCAGUGGGUUGAGGACUUGGCCCUCAAGGAGCAUUGGAUCUCGCAGAUUCCGUUAAAAGGCCGGAAGAUUUCCCAGAGCAUUCCCGUGGGGAGCGACCGCCCCGGCUGGUCAGUUAGCACAACCUCCCAAGCCUGAGUGCCUGCGGGUUUCCAGCCCACAGAUUCGAAGGGGGACGGUGGGAACAGGAGAGGGCCAGGGCUUCUCACCUUCCGUACUGACAGGCUGGGCAGAAAACUGUGGUGGGCUGUGCCCAGCGUGUAGGAUGCUCGGAAGCAUCUCCUUCCUCCACCCACUGGACGCCAGGAGCACCCACUGUUGUGACAACCCAGAGUGUCUGCAGACAUUUCCCAACAUCCUCCAGGGGCCACAUCACCCGUGGGUGGGCUCAAACCUAAUGUCAGCAUUUUCAAGCAGCAACAUGUGGCCGCCCCUCUUCACGCUGAAGCUGCAGCCUGAUGGCCGACUCUUACCCAUGGUCAUCCAGCUCCAGCCCCCUUGUCAUGAGUGCCCCCCACCUGUGCUGUACCUGUCCUCGGAUCCCCCCAUGGCCUGGCUUAUGGCCAAGACCUGGAUCCCCAGCUCUGAUUUCCAGCUGCACCAGUUACAGCCACACCUCCUGAGGGGACCCCUGAUGGCUGAGGUUAUCUCUGUGGCCACGAUGAGGAGUGUGCCCGGCCUGCAGCCUGUCUCCAAGGCUCCCCAUCUCCUUAGCGUCCCGGGCUCAGCUCUGCCUCUUUGUCACCAUGUGCAUCUUCACGUGCACUGGUCAGCGUGCCGCCACCCACCUGGGCCAGGUGGCCUUGGGGCAGCACCAAGAGGAGUAUUUCUCAGGCCCUUGGCCCCAAGCUGUGCUGAAGCAAUUCCAGGAGGAGCCGGCUGCCCUGGGCAAGGAGGUCGAGGUCUGGAAUACAGGCCUGGACUUGCCCUAUGAGGAGCUUGGACCCAGCCUCGUGGAGAAGUGUGACCCUCUGAGAGCCUUCCCCCUGGGCCCCAAAGCUCUGCCAUCCCUAAGUUCCUCUGAGUACCGGUCCUCCUUGGCCCCUUCCUCUGGUGACAGACUGUCCCCUCAGCUGUGUGGCCAGGGAGCCCGGAGCUGCUGCCUCACACAGCCCCAGGGAAUUCAUAACAGGUGGUUCCCCCUGAAGUCUGCGACCUGACGCACAGCCUCUGCAGCCACCCUGCCUUAGUGUCCUUCCAGUCCUGCGCUUCUUUCCUCUUUGAUCCCUCUCCUCUUUCCCAAAGAGGCUGGUUUAUAUAUAAGCUAAAAGAGCUGAUUAAAAAAUUAAGCUAGUUAUGCAUGGUCAGGGAAUAAGGUGGGAAAAAAAGCUUAUUUUGU